GUACUUCUGUGCAACUUUUAGGCUCAACAAGGAGAGGUUGCAAUGGUUGCAGAUCUUGGGACUUCUGCCUACAAAUUUGAAUUAUCUUCUGCUGUUCCAUCUGUUGGCAUGCCAAGAGCAACAUUGAAAUAUCCUCUUGGCGAAGUUACAUUUGAGGAGAGAGAGGAGGAGGAAGAAGAGGAACAAAAAAGAACUCUGUCAGUAAAUGGGAUUUUUAAAAGCCAUACUCUGAAUGGAGUUUGUACUGCUCGAUACCAUGAAGAAAAUUUGGAUUUAAGAUAUGCAUACAAGGAUGAGCAAUUGACGUUCAUUCCAAGCAUUUCUCUGCCUUCAAAUGCACUAUCAUGUGCAUUUAAACGGAGAUGCAGCCCUUCAGACAAGUUGAGGUGA